GAGAGGAGUAGUGGGCCUAGAGCCCAAACACAAGCAGGAUGGCAGAGACGAAAGUUAGCCUCCCUGCUAAGCUGAUUAAUGGGGGCGUGGCAGGGUUGGUUGGUGUGACAUGUGUAUUUCCUAUUGACCUGGCCAAGACCCGCCUACAGAACCAGCAGGGUAUCCAAGUCUACAAUGGAAUGUUGGACUGUCUGGCAAAGACGGUACGCACGGAAGGCUAUUUUGGAUGCUACAGAGGUGCAGCAGUGAACCUCACUCUUGUCACACCAGAAAAAGCAAUCAAACUGGCUGCCAACGAUAUCUUCAGACAGAAACUCUCCAAGGAUGGUCAUUUGCCCCUAUGGGGGGAGGUUCUGGCAGGGUCUGGAGCUGGGACCUGUCAGGUGAUAGUCACCACUCCCAUGGAGAUGCUCAAGAUCCAGCUACAGGACGCAGGAAGGCUGGUGAUGCCUGCAGGGUUACAUUGGUCUUCAUGUGUUUUUCCAUCAGCUGCCCAAAGGUCUGUCCCGACUCCAGCUCAGGCUGCUGCUCCUGGUCCAGCUCCAUCAUUGGUGGCCCGCCCACCAGCACCUCCACAAAGGCCGUCAGCCACCAGCAUCACUGUGGAGCUGCUGAAGACUCGUGGCCUGGCUGGCCUCUACAGGGGGGCAGGAGCAACCUUAAUGAGGGAUGUUCCAUUCUCAAUGAUCUACUUCCCGCUGUUUGCCAACCUGAACGCGCUGGGCCGGGAAAAAUCUGGUGGUGUGCAGGCCCGGGCGCCAUUCUGGCAGUCCUUCAUUGCCGGCUGUACCGCAGGCUCAGUGGCAGCUGUGGCUGUAACACCACUGGAUGUAAUAAAGACCCGUCUGCAGACCUUGCAAAAAGGUGAAGGGGAGGACACGUACAAAGGAAUUGUUGACUGCACACAGCGCAUCUUGAGGCGAGAGGGCCCAUCAGCAUUCCUGAAGGGUGCAACAUGUCGCGCUUUAGUCAUCGCUCCUCUUUUUGGCAUUGCGCAGGGUGUCUACUUUCUAGGGGUAGGAGAGACGGUGCUAGGGUUUCUGGGAUAGUAGUGCUUGGCAUGGUGGCAGCGGUCGCGUUGUCUCUGUACAGAUAAUUUGCUGUGUUAAUCUGUGGUGCAUGCACAACCGAGUGAAUACAUCGAGAGAGAAAGACGGCCACAAUCUGCUAUCCAAAGUAUGAGGAAAUGGUCUGAGAUAUGAGGAGGCUCUUUUUACUAAUAUGUGAAUCAAGUGGUUCACACUAAUCAAGUUUCUUUAGGUUUCCAACAUGCUGUCAACAGGGUUCUCUAGGUUGAACAGGGUCCUGUGUAUGUGUGUGACUAAUCUGAGGG